AUUCUUUCUCUUGCCACCAGGUGAGGAAGGACGUGUUUGCUUCCCCUUCCGCCAUGAUUGUCACUUUCCUGAGGCCUCCCCAGCCAUGCUAAACUUGCUAUGCACAGGAUAGGUCCUAAAUAUAUAUGAGUAAGAUUUAUUGUGGAAGUGGAAGCAACGAGUGAAAGGUGUGUGAGAAGGCAUGAUUUGCCUGCAAGGACCUCUCGAGGGGAUUGGACUCUCUGAUCACGUUGUGAUCCAAAGGAAGGAGGCCGGAGGUCUCUACUUCCCAUAGAGCUGGUAACUAAGUUGUCUGUAGCAGACUAUCUACAGGCAUAUCGUGAGACGACCCAGACGUCCCUGGAGUCAGAGAGGACCUUGCCUGCAAGUCCGGGGGCGGGGCCUGAGCCAGUCUCGCUAGCUGCCGGUCCUUCAGGGUCUCCACAACUUUCUAUCCGUCCGCGUCAGCUCCUUGCCACCCUCAUCUCCAGCAUGCCUGGUCCGACCCCCAGUGGCACUAACGUGGGAUCCUCAGGGCGCUCUCCUAGCAAAGCAGUGGCCGCCCGGGCGGCGGGAUCCACUGUCCGGCAGAGGAAAAAUGCCAGCUGUGGGACAAGGAGUGCAGGCCGCACAACCUCGGCAGGCACCGGGGGGAUGUGGCGAUUCUACACAGAAGAUUCACCUGGGCUCAAAGUUGGCCCUGUUCCAGUAUUGGUUAUGAGUCUUCUGUUCAUCGCUUCUGUAUUUAUGUUGCACAUUUGGGGCAAGUACACUCGUUCAUAGAUUCAGUUACAUCCAUCUGUCAUCUGAAGAAGAAGGAAAAAACCCAACAUUUCUUGGACCAAAAGUAUAGUGACUAUCUGUUCAUGAGAGAAAUUUUCUGUAAGCUUGCUGUUUUACAGGGGAUUUAUCAGUAAUUGAUUUUGAGGAAUCAGUUUUUUUCUAUGGCUAAUAAACUUUUUAAUUCACUUA